CCUCGCUUCCUGGGUCAGAGGAGAACAGCAGUGUCUGAUGAGCCCUAGCUGUGCAAAGUCACGUGUGGUUUCCGUUUAUCUGUUUUUCUGGACACAGAGAGGGUCUACCUCUUCCUCCUCCUUAUAUUCAUUUCGGAUUGUUUUGUCCUCGCCGCCUUCCUGUGAAUUCGGAUUCACUCCGGAUUGCCGGCGCGUUGGGUCCGUCCUGUAAUUAUCAGAUCCCAUCCUUCCUGUUGGUAUAUGAAAGCAUGAGCGAUAACGAUGACAUUGAGGUUGAAAGCGACGCAGAUAAAAGAGCUCAUCAUAAUGCACUGGAGCGCAAGCGCAGAGAUCAUAUCAAAGACAGCUUCCACAGUCUAAGAGACUCAGUACCUUCACUCCAAGGAGAAAAGGCGUCACGAGCUCAAAUACUGGACAAAGCCACAGAGUACAUCCAGUACAUGAGGAGGAAAAAUCACACACACCAGCAAGAUAUUGACGAUCUAAAGAGACAGAAUGCUUUAUUAGAACAACAAGUUCGCGCACUGGAGAAAGCAAGAUCUAGCUCUCAGCUGCAGACUAACUACUCUUCUUCUGACAGCAGCCUCUACACCAAUCCCAAGGGCAGCACCAUUUCAGCCUUUGAUGGUGGUUCUGACUCCAGUUCUGAAUCAGAACCUGAAGAACCACAAAGCAGAAAGAAAAUACGGAUGGAAGCAAGCUAAGCUGAACCCAGCAAUAAUUGAACAGCCUCUACGAGCUUAAACCUUGUUAUAGUUUAUAAUUAGGCCCUAUCCAUCAGAUUAAGGACUUCUUUUUAUUAGUUUACAAUUCCAUUAGGCUCUUGGACUGAAUAAUUAUAAUUUUGUAAUUUUUUUUUUUUUUUUUUUUUUUUUUCCUCUACUUUUUUCCCCCUUCUGUUAUUUAAAUUUUAAGGCAACGUCUGUAUCUCAUAUCAAUAGAAGUACAAAAAAGGAAAAAAAAAAAAAACUAUUUUGUGUGUUGAGUUGCAUGUAUUUUCCCAAUACGCCUUGCCUACAGUAUGGCAACUGUAUGGUAGGUGUCCACAGUGAAUGAAUGAAGCAGGCAUUGGAGCCUGCAAAUCAAAGUCAUGCAACUGCACUCAUUUAAUUAUUUUUGUUUUUUGUGAUACAAAAUCAAUUUGGAUAUUUUUACUAAGAAACAUAUAUGUGCCACGAGAUUUUAAAUAGGUACAUAUUUGGUGCUUUACUUUGGUAUGAUUUUCUGGGCUCAAAUUUGCAUUCAAUAAUGAAUUUCACAGCAUUUUUAUCUUUAAAUUCUUUGUUUAUAUAUGCACAUUUUGUAUGUGUAUCUGUUUAUGUGAAAUUGAAAAUAACUCAUGGGGAUAGUGACUUAAAGUCAAUUGUAGAGUGUUGAUAAAUUCCACUCUUCUUAAAACAGGGUGACCUGGUGGCCUUGUUUAUUUCUCCCCCCCCCCCCCCCCCCUCUCCCCAUGAUCCCACAGACACACCUUUCAAUAAUGCCAAGAUGCAAGAACUACAUCUUCCUUAAAUCCGUUUGUAAAGGACUGAUAUUGAAAACUGUUACUAUUAUUCUACUACUGACCAAGAGAAACCUGCAAUUUGACCAGUUGUUUAAGCAGAUAUUUCCUUUCUUGUAUGUAUUUGCCAAAUGAAUACCAGCAGUUCACACUUCAUAUUAGGGAUGUACUUGUUUUAUUGUUGGUGCUCCCCAGUUAUUUGUUUUCCUGUUGUAAAAAAAAUAUAUAUAUAUAUAUGUGAUAAGCAGAUAAUCGUGGUGGCUCUUAUAUUUUUGUUUUAGUUAUUUUAUAUUUGU